GUUAUGACUUGACUAACUUCUGUAACAUAUUCAUAACACACCACAAAAUAAAGUGACUUACGUGGUUUCAUUUUAGAUGCAUGGACAUAGUUUACCGACUGAGUUCCUACCUAUUGGAGUAAAUUCGAUCUUGUGGGAUACUUAAACGCUGGAAAAAGUAUGGAGUCUGAUGCAGGGAACCUCGGACGGAGUUUUCUUAGAAGUAGCAUUUUGCAGAUGAACUUACAGUGUCCGAUAUGUCUUGAAACGUUCAACGAACCGAAACUACUUGCGUGUGGUCAUACAUUUUGCGCAGGGUGUAUACAGGACAUCAUAAAUCGAGCACCAAAUGACGGUGCUCGAAAAUCUACGAAAUGUAUAACUUGCCCGUCAUGCCGACAGGGAACGUCGCCGGCGGAUGGCCGUAAACCGCCGACGGAAUGGGCGCAGGGGCUCCAGACCAAUUACGCGCUUUUGUCCAUGAUUGAUGCAUUACAAGCUGCUCGAAGGCAAAGGGAGGAGGAACAGAAUGCUAAUCCCGAAGAAGGGCAUAGCAAUAUCGACGCUAGUAUUGCUAGUGAAGAGAUUAGCGAAAAUGACGACAUAGCGGCGAUAUAUGACGUCAUAGAAGUUCAGCGCGAACCGAGAAGUCAGGUAUCGCAAUGUUACGCACAUACGGGUAAUCGUCUAGAAUUCUUCUGCAAUGACCACAAACGCCUGCUCUGCAAGAUUUGUAAACGACAGCACAAUCAAAGAUGUCCUAUUAUACCAAUUCAUAUUAUCGUUGAGGGCAGGGAUGUAAGACGCGAAGGUGAGGACAUCCAAUAUGCCUUGAUUGACAUGCAGCGUCAACUUAGCGAAGCUCUUCAAGAAAUGACGACGAACGUGCAUCAAGUUAAAACAGAGUUUCAGACCUUUCAAAAACGUCUUGAGAGCAUGAAAGCUGAAAUGAAUGCUCUGAUCGACCAUCUUAUAGCAAAACUAAACGAAGAAGCAGCAUGUAAUGUUAUGAGAACAUUGAGAAAAUCAAUACAGGAGAACAAAAGUUUGCAACAGAUUCUAAGACUAGAGAGAAGCGAAGUAGAUAAUGUUUGGAUGGACCAGUCAGAACAAUUUAUUGCCCAAGAGCUAUUGAGAGGACAGCUGCAUCUUUUUGAAAACACUGUCAAGGCCGCUAUUGAAUCGUCGGAGAUCUUAGAAGUUAAACACUCUGGAAUCGAAGCUCUCGACGGAUUGAUAAAGGCGAAACAAUUUCUUUCGGAAGUUCAAACCAAAUCAAUAAAUCUAGUUCAGAGAAAACGAACAGCUACGUUCUAAUAUAGUCCAGUGGAAACCCGUUGGCUCGAACUCCCACUACCUCGAGCCUCGGAAAUUUCGAGCCAAGCGAAAAUGAUUAAAAAAUUAAAAAUAAUAAAUCGGUCCUGAACAUCCAAUUCGAGCCAUCGAUAAAUUCGAGAAAAGCGAUUUCGAGCCAACGUGAUUAACUGUAUUCACAUAUAUUCAUGGUAAAUAAAUUAGUGAGCAAAUUUGAGUAUAUGUAUGAACUGAAAGCAGUGUUUAAUUAUAACUUGAAAUCUUAAACGGAAUAACGAUCGUGGGCAUGUGUUGAGAACCAUUAUGAUCUGUACUGUAUUUCAAGAAAGGGAGAGAGAAAUUUAGUUGAUUGAAAUAUAUCUGGAUAUUUUUCUGUGCGUCAGUAA